GUGUGCAAUUUCAUUUUCUCUUCCAGCAAAUAUUACGGCAUGCCCGUGGAAAUGCCACAAAGGUGAUAUUUCUCAUUACUGAUGGAUAUUCCAAUGGGGGAGACCCAAGACCCAUCGCAGCAUCCUUGCGUGAAUUUGGAGUGGAGAUCUUCACCUUUGGGAUAUGGCAGGGAAAUAUCCGAGAACUGAAUGACAUGGCAUCCCAUCCAAAAGAAGAUCACUGUUACCUUCUUCAUAGUUUUACUGAGUUUGAAGCUCUGGCACGCAGAGCUCUUCAUGAAGACCUGCCCUCUGGCAGCUAUAUCCAGGAAGAUAUAUCGCAUUGUUCAUAUCUCUGUGAGGCAAAUGAAAACUGCUGCGACAUCAUGGCAAGCUGUAAAUGCGGCACUCACACUGGCCAGUUUGAGUGCAUCUGUGAAAAAGGAUACUAUGGGAAAGGACUACAACAUGAAUGCACAGCUUGUCCACCGGGAACAUACAAACCUGAAGGUUCACCAGGUGGAAUCAGCACUUGCACCUCAUGUCCUGAUGAGAAUCAUACUUCUCCGCCCGGAAGUACCUCCAUUGAUGACUGUACAUGCCAGGAGGGAUAUCGUGCUGUAGGACAAACCUGUGAAGUUGUUCACUGCCCGGAACUGAAGCCCCCUGAAAAUGGUUACUUUGUCCAGAAUGUCUGCAACAAUUACUUUAAUGCUGCAUGUGGGAUCCGAUGCAAAGCAGGAUUUGAUCUCGUGGGAAGCAGCAUCCGGCUUUGUCAGCCAAAUGGCCAGUGGUCUGGAUCAGAGGCUACUUGCAGAGUUCGAACAUGUCCCAAACUUCAGGCUCCUGAAAAUGGCCACAUUAAUUGUUCAACGGCUGAUAUCUCCUAUAAGACAAUAUGUUAUGUGACAUGCAACGAGGGCUAUGAAAUAGAUGGAAAUACCAAACUGACCUGCCAGGGAACCUCACAGUGGGAUUCAAAGGAGCCAAAGUGUGUGGAAAUGCGUUGCCCCAUCCUCCAGAAACCAGCAGGCAUAACAGUUCUCCCUCCCAGAUGCGGGCUGGAGCCUGCCGUUUCUGGGACUGUGUGCCAGCUGAUCUGUCCCAAAGGAUUCAUCUUGUCUGGAGCUAGAGAAGAAGUAAGGUGCAUUUCAUUUGGGAGAUGGAGUGCAAACAUCGAAGAGGCUCUGUGUAAAGAUAUUGAAGCUCCUCGGAUCCACUGUCCAGAAAAUAUUGAGACUGAGACUCUGGAACAUCAUAACUCUGCUAAUAUCAGCUGGCAGGUACCAACAGCUGAGGAUAACUCUGGAGAUGAGGUCUCAGUUCACGUUACCCCAGCUUUCAUACCACCAUUUCUUCUCCCAAUUGGUGAAGUUGCCAUUACAUACACAGCGACUGAUAAGUCGGGCAAUGAGGCAAGCUGUGUGUUCAGUGUCAAGGUUAUUGAUGCAGAACCUCCUGUAAUUGAUAGAUGCAGAUCACCACCACCCAUGCAAGCAGUAGAGAAUGAGUACCCAGCAACAUGGGAAGAACCACAAUUUUCAGACAAUUCAGGUGCUCCACUGACUGUCACUAGGAGUCAUGCACCUGGAGAUCUCUUUCCCAAAGGAGAAACAACAGUUCAAUACACAGCCGUGGAUCCCUCUGGCAAUAACAGGACAUGUGAGAUCCACAUUGUCAUCAAAGGUUCUCCCUGUGAAAUCUCCUUUGAGCCUGUGAAUGGUGAUUUUACAUGCACAUCAGAUGAAGCAGGAGUUAAUUGCACAUUGCACUGUGCAGAGGGUUAUAGUUUUUCAGAAGGAUCAAGUGAGAACUACUAUUGUGCAUAUGAGGAUGGUGUCUGGAAGCCACCUUAUUCACCAAAGUGGCCUGGCUGCUCUUUAAAUCGUUUUGCAAACCAUGGGUUCAAAUCCUUUGAGAUGUUCUACAAAGCAACACAAUGUGAUGACAACAGUCUUCUAAAUAGCUUUACUGAUGCAUUCCAGAGUGCGCUUGGUAAAAUGGUCCCAUCGUUCUGUAAUGAUGUUGAUGAUAUCGACUGCAGAUUGGAAGAUCAGACACAGAAACAUUGCUUGGAAUAUAAUUAUGAUUACGAAAAUGGAUUUGCCAUUGGACCUGCUGGCUGGGGGACAGCAAACCAACUGGAUUAUUCCUAUGGUGAUUUUGUUCAUGCACCUCAAGAAGAAGACUUAUCCAAGCAUCUCUCUGCCUCUAUGAAGGCAGCACCUGCUCGAGUCAAAAGACAUAAGCUGAACGUUCCAAUGACUGACCACAAAAUCAAGUUAAUAUUUAACAUCACAGCUAGUGUGCCCCUGCCUGAUGAAAGGAAUGAUACGUUGGAGCUGGAGAACCAACGACGGCUCCUUAAAACUCUCGAGAUGAUCACAAACAGGCUGAAUAGGACUCUCAAUAAGGAACCCAUGUAUUCUUUUCAGUUUGCAUCCGAACUCAUUGUAGCUGACAGCAACUCACUGGAGACCGAGAAGGCCUUUCUUUUCUGCAGGCCUGGUUCUGUGCUGAGGGGAAGAAUGUGUGUUAACUGCCCUUUGGGUACAUAUUACUCCCUGGAGCAUCAUACCUGUGAAAGCUGCUGGACUGGAUCCUACCAAGAUGAGGAAGGGCAGCUGGAAUGCAAAAGUUGUCCAUCUGGUACCUAUACUGAGUAUCUACACUCUAUGAGCAUCUCUGAAUGCAAAGCUCAAUGCAAGCAAGGAAUGUAUUCACCUAAUGGUCUUGAGACCUGUGAAACAUGUCCACUUGGCACAUAUCAACCAGCAUUUGGAUCCAGGAACUGCAUCUCUUGCCCGGAAAAUACAUCAACAGUGAAAAGAGGCACAGUGGAUGUCUCAGCUUGUGGAGUACCAUGUCUUGCAGGCGAGUUCUCUCGUACGGGUUUGACACCUUGCUACCCUUGUCCCAGAGACUACUAUCAGCCAGACCCGGGAAAGUCCUACUGCUUGUCUUGUCCCUUUUAUGGAACAACAACUGUCAUUGGUGCCAGAUCCAUCACAGAUUGUUCAAGUUUUGGCUCUACUUUUUCAGCUGCUGAGGAAAGUGUAAAGAUGGUACCAGUCUCUCCAGAAAAUAUCAGCAAGCAGUACAAAGUCAGCAGUCAGGUCUUUCACGAGUGUUUCCUGGAACCAUGCCACAACAACGGGACAUGCAAGCAAUUGGGAAGUGGAUAUAUUUGCAUAUGCCCACUUGGAUAUACAGGUUUGAAAUGUGAAACAGAAGUUGAUGAGUGUAAAUCAUCUCCUUGUCACAACAAUGGAAUGUGUAAAGAUGGCAUUGGGACCUUUGUUUGCCAUUGUCAACCAGGUUAUUCAGGUCUCUUGUGUGAGGAAGACAUAAAUGAAUGUAGCUCCAGUCCAUGUUUGAAUGGAGCCCACUGUGCUGAUGGCAAGAGUGGUUACCGCUGCACUUGCGCAAAAGGGUUCACAGGUGCUCACUGUGAAAUGGAGGUCAAUGAAUGCCUUUCAAAUCCGUGUCUUAAUAGAGCUAUUUGUGAAGAUCGAGUUGGCGGUUUCUCCUGCAAGUGCCUCCCAGGUUUUAUUGGUGUCUUGUGUGAAAGAAACAUCGAUGAGUGUCUCAGCAGACCCUGUAGGAAUGGAGCUACAUGCAGAGAUGGUAUCAACGGCUUCAGGUGUCUGUGUGUGACAGGGUACACAGGACUAAACUGUGAAGUGAACAUCAAUGACUGUGACUCCAGUCCCUGCUUAAACCAAGCCACCUGUGUGGAUGCCUUGAACUCGUACGUUUGUAAAUGUCCCCCUGGCUUUACAGGCAGCAGGUGUGAAACAGAACAGUCCUCUGGUUUCAAUCUUGAUUUUGAAGUCUCUGGUACCUAUGGAUACGUCAUGCUUGAUGGUGUUUUUCCAUCUCUUGGUGAUAUCACAUGUACAUUCUGGAUGAAAUCCACUGACACUACAAACUAUGGGACUCCUAUUUCUUAUGCAGUGGAGAAUGGAAGUGAUAAUGCAUUUCUUCUGACUGAUUACAAUGGCUGGGUUCUUUAUGUAAAUGGGAAGGAGAGGAUCACAGACUGUCCUUCAGUGAAUGAUGGUAACUGGCAUCACAUUGCGGUCACAUGGACAUGCACGGAUGGGGCAUGGAAAGUGUACAUCGAUGGAAAACUGUCUGAUGGUGGUAGCGGGCUCUCUGUUGGCUCAAAAAUCCCUGGUGGUGGUGCGCUGGUACUGGGUCAAGAGCAAGAUCAGAAAGGAGAGGGAUUCAACCCAGCUGAAUCGUUUGUGGGCUCCAUCAGCCAGCUCAACAUUUGGGACCAUGUCCUGUCUCCACAGCAGGUAAAAUCUCUGGCUACAUCCUGUCCAGAAGAACUCCAAAAAGGAAAUGUACUAGCCUGGCCAGAUUUCCUGCCAGGAGUUGUUGGAAGAGUGAAGAUAGAUUACAAGAGUAUAUUUUGUGCUGACUGUCCGUCUUUGCAAGGAUCCAUACCACAUCUGCGGGCCUCUUCUGCGGAUUUAAAGCCAGGGUCAAAAGUGAGCCUUUCCUGUGACCCCGGCUUCCAGAUAGUGGGAAAUUCUGUUCAACACUGCCUUAACCUGGGACAGUGGACACGGCCUUUUCCCCGCUGUGAAAGAAUCAGCUGUGGAGUACCUCCACCGUUAGAAAAUGGAUUUUAUUCAGCUGAGGACUUUUUUGCUGGCAGUACCGUUACUUACCACUGCAACAAUGGGUACUAUUUGUUGGGCGACUCCAGGAUGUUAUGCCUGGACAAAGGGAGCUGGAACAGCAUUUCACCAUCUUGCCUUGAUGUUGAUGAAUGUGCUGUUGGAUCAGACUGUAACGAGCAUGCAUCUUGUCUCAACACAAAUGGAUCCUAUGUUUGCACUUGCAUCCCUCCUUACACAGGAGAUGGUAAAAAAUGUGCAGAACCAGUGAAGUGCCGUAACCCAGGAAAUCCAGAGCAUGGCCAUUUAUAUGGGGACACUUACAGUGUUGGCAGUGAAAUAACAUUUUCCUGUGAAGAAGGGUUUCAGCUGACAGGAGUGACUAAACUUACAUGCAUGGAGUCUGGAGAGUGGAGCCACCCAACACCAUAUUGUGAAGCUAUAUCCUGUGGUGGACCAGUUAUUCCAGAGAACAGUGCCAUUUUGGGCUCAAAUUUUACAUACCACAAUAAGGUGGUAUACAGGUGCAAUGAUGGAUACGUCCUAGUGGGUGAAAAGGAAAUUCUGUGCCUUGCUAGUGGCAUUUGGAAUCAUCCUCCCCCCUCCUGUGAAGUGGUGACUUGUCCUAGCCCACAGGAUAUCAGCAAUGGAAAAUACACACUCACUGGCACAACCUACCUUUCCUCUGUAUCAUACACCUGUGAGAAUGGAUACAGCCUUCAGGGUCCUUCUGUGCUUGUCUGUGCAUCUUCAGGGAACUGGAACAGCACACCUCCAACUUGCAACAUUGUCUCUUGUGGAUCCCCUCCUGCCAUCAAAGAUGCAGUCAUCACUGGGAAUAACUUUACUUUUGGAAACACAGUCUCUUACGCCUGUAAGGAAGGUUACACAUUAGUUGGCCCUGCAACCAUAGAGUGCUUAGCCAGCGGCAAGUGGAGUGUGAGCCACCAGCAGUGCCUGGCAGUAUCCUGUGAUGAACCACCCCAUGUGGAAAAUGCAUCACCAGAGAGUGGCCACCGCCUCUUUGGCGAUAUAGCUUAUUACUUCUGCUCAGAUGGCUACAGCCUGGCUGAUAACGCUCAGCUGCGUUGCAAUGCAGAAGGGAAGUGGGUGCCUCCAGUGGGCAGGGAGAUGCCCCACUGCAUAGCUGAUUUCUGUGAAAAGCCAUCCACCGUCUCAUACAGCAUCCUGGAGUCCAUUAGUAAAGCCAGGUUUGCAGCUGGCUCCAUCGUGAGCUUCAAGUGCAUGGAAGGCUUUAUUCUGAACACUUCAGCCAAGAUUGAGUGCCUUCGAGGGGGCCAGUGGAAUCCUUCUCCUUUGAGUAUCCAGUGCAUCCCCGUUCGCUGCGGAGAGCCUCCCCACAUUAGCAAUGGCUAUGCCAGUGGGGCCAACUACAGCUUCGGAGCAGUGGUGGCUUACAGCUGCAACAAGGGGUUCUACAUCAAGGGAGAGAAGAAGCGGACCUGUGAGGCCACUGGCAACUGGAGUGGCAGUUUGCCCACAUGCCACCCAGUAUCCUGUGGAGAACCACCGCAGCUUGAGAAUGGCUUUAUUAAGGAAACAACUGGACGCUUCUUUGAGAAUCAGGCACAUUAUCAGUGUGAGUCUGGCUACCAGAUGGUUGGGAGCUCAGUGUUUAUCUGCCAAGCCAAUCGGCAAUGGUACAGUGAAUCACCUCCUUACUGUGUUCCCCUCAGCUGUGGAAAACCAGCACCCAUCCAGCACGGCUACUCCAAGGGAGAAACUUUUGAUAUGGGGUCCAAAGUUGAAUUUUUCUGUGAUGAAGGCUAUGAGCUGAUUGGAGAUGUUUCUUGGACUUGUCAGAAGUCUGGGAAAUGGAGCAAAAAGCAAAGCCCGAAGUGUGUGCCAACAAAAUGUCCAGAACCACCCUUGGCAGAAAACCAGCUGGUCUUGAGGGAAGUGACUUACCAAGUUGGUGUAGUACAGUUCUCCUGCAAGGAGGGUUAUGUUUUGCAUGGCUCCUCUGUACUGAAGUGCUUGCCCUCCCAACAGUGGAAUGAUUCCUUUCCCUUCUGCAAGGUUGUACAGUGUCCUGCUCCUCCAUACAUCCCCUUUGGUGAUCCCUUGACUUCGUCCUUUCAUUUUGGUAGCACUGUGAAAUACAUCUGCGUGGAUGGGUUUUUACUGAAGGGUGAGUCUACCAUCAUAUGCCAGGCUGAUGGCUCAUGGAGUUUGCCUUUGCCAGAAUGUAUUCCUGUGGAGUGCCCUCAACCAGAAGAAAUUCAGAAUGGUAUUGUUGAUGUGCAGGGCCUCACCUUCCUUAGCACAGCCCUCUAUACGUGUAAACCAGGCUUCGAACUGGUGGGGAACACAACUAUCCUCUGUGGAGAAGAUGGCCAGUGGCUUGGAGGAAGGCCAGCUUGCAAACCUAUUCAAUGCCCAAGGCCUAAGAAGAUCCUCAAUGGCAAACACUCAUUCACAAACUUCCAUUAUGGGCAAACUGUUAGGUAUUCCUGUGACAGAGGUUUCCAGCUCCAAGGGGAAGAAACGCUGAGAUGCCUAGAGACAGGGGAGUGGAGUACAGAGGUUCCCUCCUGCAAAGCUGUAAAUUGCCAGCCCCCUCAGCCCAUCGAGAAUGGAUUUGUGGAGGGUGCAGAUUAUAGCUAUGGGGCCAUGGUCAUUUACAGCUGUGUGCCAGGCUUCCAGCUGUCUGGCCUUGCCAUGCAGACCUGUGAAGAAUCAGGCUGGUCUAGUUCCACACCAACCUGCCUCCCAACAGACUGCGGCCUGCCUCCUCACAUUGACUUUGGGGAGUACGUGCAGGUGAGACAUGGAGAAAGACGUUCUGACCAGGAGAGUGUAACAGAGAGUCCCUCCCUUACACAUAUGUUACUUGCAGACAAUUUGAAAGACUUCAAAAGCUCCUUGAAGGAAGACAGUGCAAUGCAGCUCACCACUUUCUUAUUUGGUACUGUCAUUUUAUACACAUGUUACUCUGGCUACGAGCUGCUGGGAAAUCCUGUUCUAGCUUGCCAAGAAGAUGGGGCUUGGAACGGCAGUGCCCCCAGCUGCGUUUCAAUAGAGUGCCCUUUCCUGUCACCCCCAGAGAAUGGUUUUUUACAUUUCACUGAGAACACACUUGGUAGCACGGUGCAGUACACCUGUAAGCCAGGGUUCACACUUGUUGGCUCAGACACACGACUGUGUUUGCCAAGUCGGCACUGGAGUAGCACUGCUCCACACUGCAAAGCAGUAACAUGCAACUCACCUACCCAGCUUAUGAAUGGCAGCAUAAGAGGAGAAAACUACUCUUAUGGGAGUGUUCUCUACUAUGAAUGUGAUCCUGGAUACCAGUUAAAUGGCCCCACAGAGAGGACCUGCCAAGAGAAUCAGAAAUGGGAUGGCAGUGAACCGAUUUGCAUUCCUGUUUCCUGCAGCCCACCACCAGUUUUGGAAAACGGUCAGGUGACUGGAGAGGAGUAUACGUUCCAGAGACGUACAGAGUACAGCUGCAACGAAGGUUUCGUGUUAUAUGGGGACAGGAGUAGAGUCUGCCUUGCAAAUGGAAACUGGAGUGGAAUUGCUCCAGUUUGCAAAGCUGUGACCUGCCCUGUACCAAUGCCACUUGCCAAUGGGAGAAUUAGUGGCUUAGAUUUUAGCUUUAAGAAAGAGGUACACUAUCAAUGCAACGAAGGAUAUAGCCUGCAAGGAGUGUCUACGCAUACCUGUCAGAGUGAUGGUACGUGGGAUUCAGAAGUUCCACACUGUGAGCCAAUCAUUUGUGGACCUCCUGAAGACAUCUCCCAUGGCUUUCUGAAUGGCUCAGGCUUUACCUAUGGGGAGUUUGCCCAGUAUGUAUGCUUCCCUGGUUAUGAGCUGCAUGGCAAUCCUUUACGGCAAUGUUUGUCCAAUGGCUCCUGGAGUGGAAGUCUUCCGUCUUGCCUACCCUGUCUGUGUCCUGCACCACAGAUUCAGAAUGGGGUCGUUCUUGGUACAGGUUUCAGCUGUGGGAAACGUGCCCAGUUUCAGUGCUUGGAGGGCUUCAAACUCCUAGGGCCUUCUGAAGUCACCUGUGAGGCAGCUGGCAAGUGGAGUUCUGGGUUUCCUCGCUGCGGGCAGAUUUCCUGUGGCUCUCCACCCAUCAUUCCCAACACAUUUAUCAAUGGGAGCAGCUCUGCAGAUGAGAACACCAUCAUUUAUACCUGCUUGACAGGUUUUGUCAUGCAAGGGAGUCCAGAACUGACUUGUGUGGAGACUGGUGUCUGGAAGAAGCCGUACCCAAGCUGUGAGCUGUUAAGCUGUGGCCCACCACCUUCUGUACCAAAUGCAGAGGUUCUUGGGAACACUUACACCUAUGGGAGCAAGGUCCAAUACAGAUGCCUGGAAGGCUACACAAUGGUGACAGAGGUGGAUGUAUGCAUUUGCCAGGAAGAUGGACAGUGGUCUCCUCAAAUUAUUUCCUGUUGUCCCAGAAAGUGUCCCCUCCCAGGAAAUAUCACCCAAGUAAUCAUACUUGGGGACAACUUCACUGUGAACACAAACAUCACUUUGUCAUGUGUAGAAGGCUAUACUCUGGUGGGAGCAAACACAUCUACAUGCAAGGAGAAUGGCAUUUGGGUGCCACCGUUUUCUGAUGACACCUGCAUUCCUGUGUCCUGUGGGACCCCAGAGUCUCUAGAGCAUGGAUUUGUGGUCGGCACUAAACACAAUUACAAAGAUGUGGUUCUUUAUAAAUGUGAUGCUGGCUAUGAAUUACAAGGUGAUGCAGAACGGACUUGCCAAGAAGACAAGCUUUGGAGUGGCACAGUGCCAGUGUGCAGAAAGACCAGAUGCAAAGUUCCAGUUUCCUUGCUGAAUGGGAAGGCGAUUUCUGAAAACAAUACAGUUGGCAGUACAAUAGCAUAUUUCUGUGAGAGGGGAUACAGCUUGGAAGGGGAACCUGUUGCAGAGUGCACAAGAGAUGGAAGAUGGAGUAAUCCCUUGCCUCUCUGUAAACCAAACCCUUGUCCUGUGCCUUUCAUAAUCCCAGAGAAUGCCCUUCUGUCCGAGGUGGAUUUUUAUGUUGGUCAGAAUGUAUCCAUCAGGUGCAGGGAAGGCUACCAGCUGAAAGGGCAGUCUGUGAUCACCUGUAAUGCUGAUGAGACCUGGACUCCAGCAACAGCUAAGUGUGAAAAGAUAUCUUGCGGCCCCCCAGCUCACACAGAGAAUGCUUUGAUACGUGGUAGCUUCUAUCAGUAUGGAGACAUUAUCACCUAUUCAUGCUACAGUGGGUACAUGCUGGAGGGGCCCCUGCGGAGCAUUUGCUUAGAAAAUGGAACAUGGACAACACCACCUAUCUGCAGAGCUGUCUGUCGCUUCCCAUGUCAGAAUGGUGGUGUCUGUGAGCGACCAAAUGCCUGCUCAUGUCCGGAUGGCUGGAUGGGUCGUCUCUGUGAAGAGCCAAUAUGCAUUCUGCCAUGUCUCAAUGGAGGUCGUUGUGUGGCCCCUUACCAGUGUGACUGCCCCCCUGGAUGGACUGGAUCACGCUGCCAUAUGGCUGUUUGCCAGUUGCCUUGCUUAAAUGGUGGGAAGUGCAUACGACCAAAUCGAUGCUAUUGUCCCUCAUCGUGGACUGGACAUGACUGCUCUAGGAAACGGAAGGCUGGAUUCUAUCCCUUUUAACAUCAGAGCAGCAGUUCUACAUUCAGAUAUCUUUCUUCAGCCUAGGCACCAGGGCUUGGAAUCUAGUGCAUUGUAAAUCAAAUCCAUUGCUUCCCUUCCCCCCCAGCUCCCUUGUUUUGUAUUUUAUUUUGUGAUACAUUUUUACUAUACCUUUCCAUUUUUAAAGAAAUCCUCUGUAUUUUUCAU